UAGGGGGAGGAGUUCAGAUCAACUACCAGCGCCGGUGCAUUUUAUCCUGGUUGUGGAAAAUAACGGUUGUUGUAUCUGUUAACAUUUCACCCCUAUCAGUGCCUUUCAUAGGCAACCUAGAACGAGGUACCCAUCUAAUCGGAAAUGUGUUACCUGAACUGGAAACCCUUUGUUUAUGGAGGACUGGCAUCUCUUAUUGCUGAAUUUGGGACUUUCCCGAUAGACCUCACAAAAACUCGUCUCCAGGUUCAGGGUCAGAGUUCAGAUGCUCGCUACAGAGAGAUUAGAUAUCGAGGCAUGUUCCAUGCCUUGCUGCGGAUUGGGAGUGAAGAAGGUAUCUUGGCACUCUACUCGGGAAUUGCACCAGCCUUGUUAAGGCAAGCUUCAUACGGCACCAUCAAGAUAGGAACAUACCAGAGUAUGAAGCGAUUAUUUGUGGACCGUCCUGAAGAUGAGACUUUGUUUAUAAAUGUUGUAUGCGGUAUCCUUUCGGGAGUGAUAUCAGCAGCCAUUGCUAACCCUACAGAUGUACUAAAGAUUCGAAUGCAGGCUCAGGGUAGUUUGCUUCCUGGAGGCAUGAUUGUCAACUUCAUAAAGAUUUAUAAACAAGAAGGAACAAGAGGUCUCUGGAGGGGUGUUAUCCCAACAGCCCAGCGAGCUGCUACAGUAGUAGGUGUGGAGCUUCCUGUUUAUGAUAUUACAAAAAAACACAUCAUUCUUUCUGGACUGAUGAAAGACUCUGUCUACACCCACUUUGUUGCUAGCUUUACUUGUGGCUUGGCUGGAGCCCUGGCUUCCAACCCAAUUGAUGUGGUACGUACUCGGAUGAUGAAUCAAAGGUCUAUAGAUUUUAAUAAUGUUUUAUAUAGAGGUGCCAUGGAUGGCAUAUUUAAGAUUUGGAAUAGUGAAGGAUUUUUUGCUCUUUAUAAAGGAUUUUGGCCAAACUGGCUACGUCUGGGACCAUGGAAUAUUAUUUUUUUCAUAACAUAUGAACAAUUCAAGAAACUUCCAUUUUAGUGAUGGUGUUGUCUCGAAUAUGGGCCUGUCUCUGAGAAUACAUGCGCUUAUUGCAUUUUAUUGAAUGACUUCCAUCUGCAGUACAUGCUUUUGCUCUAGCUAAUAAGAGACUAAAUGCAUGUGUGCAUUAAAUAACACCAGCCUAUGUAAUUAACAGCUGAAAACACCUGCUCUUUUUUGUAAAGUCCCUUCAACAUGUGAGGGAUUGUAUUUUCUGAUCCUAUUUACCUGUUCUGCUACAAAGAAUUUAAUUCUGUUCUUCCCAAACUAAAUUGCAUAAAUAUGUGGGACCCCCAGAAUGUAUUGGAUAGCACUUUCACAGUAAAAGUGGUUUCCCUUUGUUAUGCAUUUGUAACUGUAUAUACAUUAGGAGGCCAUAAGUGGCAUCCAUUUAUCCCAUUACAUGAUCAGUUUUCA